AUGUGGACGCCGUCGCGCGGGAGCAACGCGCGGCGGGCCGGCCACCGCCGCAUCGCGGACUUCCUCGCCGACGACCAGACCACCAACACCGACACCUCCGACAACGAGUCCUACACCACCGCCUACGGCGACGAGUUCUUCGCCGCCGCCGCCGCUGCCGCCGCAGGCGGCAGCGGCGGCGGCAUGCUCCCGGCAUUCCUCGCCGACCAGGGCGACCUGGUGGAGGUCAUGCUGGAGCUGGACGAGGAGUCCAUGGUGGUGCGCAGCGUCACGCCCACCAGCACUACCCUCUACGGCGCCACCUCCGCCGCCUUCCCGCCGCGCACCCCCGAGCCGCCGCUCGGCGCCGCGCUCAGCCGCUGCUCCUCCACGUCGUCCCGGAUACGGAAGAAGUUCGCGUGGCUGCGCUCCCCGUCCCCCGCCCCCUCCCCUUCCCCGCGCGCGCCCACGCCCGCCGAGCUGCAGCGGGAGGCGGCCAUGGCGGCGCGCGAGCGGCGCCGCAUCCAGGCCCGGGUCAACCGGUCCCGCGCCGGCGCCAAGCGCGCGCUCAAGGGGCUCCGCUUCAUCAGCCGCACCACGGGCUCCGUCGAGGCCGCCGAGCUCUGGCGCCGCGUCGAGGACCGAUUCAACGAGCUCGCGCGCGACGGGCUGCUCUCCCGCGACGACUUCGGCGACUGCAUCGGUAUGGUGGACUCCAAGGAGUUCGCGGAGGGCAUCUUCGACGCGCUGGCGCGGCGGCGGCGGCAGAGCCUGGAGCGGAUCACCAAGGAGGAGCUCUACGACUUCUGGCUGCAGAUCUCCGACCAGAGCUUCGACGCGCGCCUGCAGAUCUUCUUCGACAUGGUGGACACCAACGUGGACGGGAGGAUCACGAGGGAGGAAGUACAGGAGCUGAUCGUGCUGAGCGCGUCUGCGAACAAGCUGGCGAAGCUCAAGGAGCAGGCGGAGGAGUACGCGUCGCUGAUCAUGGAGGAGCUGGACCCGGAGAACCUCGGCUACAUUGAGCUGUGGCAGCUGGAGACGCUCCUGCUCCAGCGCGACACGUACAUGAACUACAGCCGGCCGCUGAGCACGGCGAGCGGCGCGCAGUGGAGCCAGAACCUCGGCGCCGGCGUAAGCAGCGGCGCCCUCCCCUCCGGCGGCGCCGCGCGAGGAAACGACGACGACGUCGAGAACGGCGCGCAGACGACGACGUGGGGCGGCGGGAUGCGCGCGCGGCGGCUCGGCCUUGGCCGGGGCGUGCGCCGCGCGGCGUCGCACGUGCGCGUGGCGGCGGAGGAGAACUGGCGGCGCGCGUGGGUGCUGGCGCUGUGGUUCGCGGCGAUGUCGGCGCUGUUCGUGUGGAAGUUCGUGCAGUACCGGCGCACGGCGGGGUUCGAGGUGAUGGGGUACUGCCUGCCCACCGCCAAGGGCGCCGCCGAGACGCUCAAGCUCAACAUGGCGCUCGUGCUGCUCCCCGUCUGCCGCAACACGCUCACCUGGCUCCGGUCGUCCUGGGCGCGCUUCUUCGUGCCCUUCGACGACAACAUCACCUUCCACAAGAUGAUCGCGACGGCGAUCGUGGUGGGCAUCACGCUGCACGCGGGCAACCAUCUGGCGUGCGACUUCCCGCGGGUGAUCGCGUCGGGUCCCGACGAGUACCGGCUCGUCGCCGGCGCGUUCGGCGCCGAGAAGCCCUCCUACGCGGGCCUGGUCUCCGGCGUGGAGGGGAUGACGGGGAUCGCGAUGCUGCUGCUGAUGACCGUCUCCUUCACCCUCGCCACCCACCCCUUCCGCAAGGGCGAGAAGGCGGCGUCCUCGGCGCCGUCGCGGCUGCCGGCGCCGCUCAACCGGCUCGCCGGGUUCAACGCCUUCUGGUACUCGCACCAUCUGCUCGGCAUCGUCUACGCGCUCCUCCUCGUCCACGGCUACUUCCUCUUCCUCGUCACCCGAUGGUACGAGAAAACGACGUGGAUGUACAUUUCUGUCCCGCUGGUGCUCUACGUCGGCGAGCGGAUGCUGCGGGCCUUGCGGUCGAACGCCCAUCCUGUCAAAAUCCUAAAGGUGUGCCUUCUACCUGGAAGUGUACUGACAAUAACAAUGUCAAAGCCCUACGGAUUUCGAUAUAGGAGUGGACAAUAUAUCUUCCUCCAGUGUCCGAUGAUCUCUCCAUUUGAAUGGCAUCCUUUCUCCAUCACUUCAGCUCCUGGAGAUGACUACCUUACUGUUCACAUCCGCACCAUGGGGGACUGGACGCAAGAACUAAAGCGUACAUUUGUUGAGAACUACUUCUCACCGCAUGUUAACAGAAGAGCUUCGUUUGGCGAGUUAGGUGCGGCAGAACCAAGAAGCUUACCAAAAUUGCUCGUAGAUGGUCCAUACGGUGCCCCUGCACAGGAUUUCAGAAACUACGAUGUUCUGCUGCUUGUUGGCCUUGGAAUCGGAGCAACACCGUUCAUAAGCAUUCUGAGGGACCUACUUAAUAAUAUUAAGCUAGCUGACGAGUUGAUGGACUUGGCAAUGGAGACUACUCAAACAAGUAGGUCAGAGGACAGUGCCAACAGCUUCAGCGUCUCAACAGCUAGUAGCAACAGGAAGAGAGCAUACAGAACAAGCCGUGCACAUUUUUACUGGGUUACUCGGGAGCCGUUGUCAUUUGAAUGGUUCAAAGGAGUAAUGAAUGAGGUUGCUGAAAUGGACAAGAAGGGUGUCAUCGAGUUACACAAUUAUCUGACGAGUGUGUACGAGGAGCGCGAUGCACGGACAACUCUGUUGUCGAUGGUGCAAGCUCUGAACCAUGCUAAACAUGGUGUCGACAUCGUCUCGGGCACCAGGGUGAGGACACACUUUGCCAGACCAAACUGGAGGGAAGUCUUUACUAAGAUAGCUGCUAAGCACCCGAGCGCAACAGUUGGAGUAUUCUACUGUGGAGCACCGACGCUGGCCAAAGAACUGAAGAACCUAUCGCACGAGAUGAGCCAUAAGACGACGACUCGCUUCCAUUUCCACAAGGAGUACUUCUGAUAGAAAGAACACUAAACCUUCUAAUCUGCAUAGCCUUAGGUAACGGUAAACAAGAAGGAAUUUUUUUGCACAGAAGCAAAGCAAACUGACCUCUCUCUUCCUGAUCUGGAACUGUACAUAGUAUAAAGAAGAACAGCCUGCUAGGAAACGUAGUUAGCAGUAGUACCAUUUAUAUAUUAACAAAAAAAAAAGGUAAAGGAGGGCUACAUCCAAGAAAGAAGGAAAGAGGCAGGGUAAACAGUUGGUAAAUCCCAGAUACUGAUAUACUUGUACACAGUAUAGUUUAGGUAGUUUAAGUAUGAAAUGCUAAAGCAUGUAUACAUGGGCCGGAGGCUGCCAUUCUGAAUGUAAAUCGUUCAGGCAUUCCAUUCUGCCUAUCGGCUGUUAAUAAACUCCAGUGUGGCGGUAUACUGAUACUUCCUUC